CCACAUACUGUAUAUCACUCGCUAUUAUUAAGAGUGCAUUUAAGCUCUAAUCACAACCCGGUGCAGAUUACUUUGUUUGUUGUACAUCAGAAAUCAUGAAGCUUUUUCUUUUUUCUAUAAUUACACAGGUUCUACUAUGUCAUGUAAAUGGAAACUGGUGGGAGGAUUAUAAAGAGAACAUAAAGCACCUCAGUCAGGACAAACUCUAUCAGGAGUUCCCAGACAAAGUCCGGCAGCAGAACUUCCAGCAUCCGCCUUUCCAAUGUCCAGACAUGAGCCCUUCUCCUACUGUACCCAAGUCAGUGGAAAAGGUAAAAGCAGCUGACAUUAAAGUCAUUGCCGCUUUGGGAGACUCUCUGACUUCAGCCAUUGGUGCCAAUGCCUCUACAGUUCUGGAAGUUCCAAUCGAGUAUCGACAUUUGUCAUUUAGUAUUGGGGGCCAUGGAACAUACCGUGAUGUUAUCACUCUUGCAAACAUUGUGAAACUUUUUAACCCGGAUGUGAUCUUUCCGGCACCUAUUAUGACCCUGAACGGACGUCCUUCCAGUAUUAAUGAGACCGGCUUUAAUUUAGCCGUCACUGGUCACAACACGGUGAAUUUCUCUGAACAGGCCAGGAACAUGAUCGACACAUUCAAAACCUAUCCAGGGAUAAAUUUUGCCGAGGACUGGAAGCUAGUGACCAUUUUAAUUGGGAUGAAUGACAUCUGUGAUUAUUGCAAGGACAAAAAAUUGUUUUCACCUGACAACUUCAUCAAGUACCUCACGGCCUCCCUAGAUAUGAUGAAGAAUGAGAUUCCUCGACUGAUUGUGAACAUGGUGCAGAUUUUUACUAUGAAGCCUCUGAGGGAUGUUCAGAAGCCUUCCAUUGGCUGCCUGCUCCAAAAAAGUUUCUGUUCAUGUUUGGUCAAGCCUGAAGAGAACUCCCCUGAACUGGCAGAGCUGAAUGAAGUAAAUCUGGAAUUCCAGAGAAGACUGGAGGAGCUGCUGAACAGUGAACGUUACUUUAAAGAGGAUUUUGCUGUGGUUCUGCAGCCCUAUGCAGCCUACGCCCAGCCACCAAGACUAGCUGACGGAAAAAUCGAUUUUAGUUACUUCGCUCCAGACUGCUUCCAUUUCACCAUAAAGGGUCAUGAGGAGCUAGCCAAGGGUCUCUGGAACAACAUGUUUCAACCACCAGAUAAGAAAGAUAUAAUCGCGACCUUCUCAGAGCCAGUAAAACUCAUCUGUCCAUCAGAGGAGCAUCCUUACAUCUACACCAGACCCAAAGCUCUGUCCUCGGCACACCAUCUGCAAGUCAUCUGGACUCUUUUAACACUUACAGGCCUCAUUACCAUUUACAACAACAUGCAUUAAUUGCAUUCCUCAUGUUAUAGUCCUGUUCUUACCACACCCUUGUCAUCUAUUCCACUACUCCUUGUCCACUAUUCUCUAUGAGUUUGUAUUACUUAUAAAUACGGUAUGAUAACCUAUGGAAUAUUUAAUAUCACAGAAAUGUUCACUUGAGGCAUGAGGGAAGGAGUUUAACAUUUUACCUCACUUUGUUCAGUUAAUCACCAUCACCUUUAUGAUACUGUGUUAAAACAGACUAUCCAUAAAAAGGGCAGACCUUUCCAUUUGGAAUAUACUAAGUACAUUUACUAAGAAAUAAUCGCUAUCAUGUGCAGUUCUGAAUUUGUGUCAGUAUAAUGUUCAUAAUAUUCAUUUCUCAUUCAUUCAUUUCAAUGUUAUAACAUUUAUUUCUCAUUAUCAAUGUUUUUAUUUCAUUAUUAAUGGUUCUAAUUUAGUAUUUACAGUAUCUGACACAUUUAUUUGUCAAUUUGUCAUCGAAGGCAAUGAUGUAUUAUAUGUAUGUCAAUUAGAACUUAAAAAUGUUAAUAUUAAAAUAAAUGAAUGCACACUGAUUUUUAAACACACUUUUAAAAAUGUAUUAUGCUGCAAAAAUCUAAUUACUAUACUCAAGUACAGUGUAUAGUCAGUGAAUAUAGGGAUGUAUUCAGGGUUGCCAAGUUAAGACUUGAGUAAAAAAUUAAUUGAGCACAAAAAAAGUUAAUAUUUACAUUGAAAACAUAAAAUUUAACACAAGAAAACAUUUAAAAAGGAGUAACAUUUAAAAUGUUUCCAUUAAAUUAAAUAAAUUCUAUUUGUAUAGGGCUGUUAACAAUUCACAUGGUAUCAAAACAGCUUUAUAUACGUAUAGUAAAAGAAUAAAAAUUUUAAAGUGAAAAGUUUAAAAUUAAGCUACUAUUUAUCUCUAACAUCCAUCCCUAUCACAAAUCUGACUGACGCAUCAAAGCCAACAUGACAGUUUCCAUUCAGCUCCAUCCACAGAAAUCCCAUGUUCUUCUUGUAAACAUGACAGUUUCCUUCAGUUUCUCUGGUUGCAGGUGGAUUGCAUUUCCUAUGCUAGAUUGCCCUCAGGGGCAUCUGAUAUCCAGUGAAUUUAUUGGAAAGGAAUUACACGUGUGAUGGUUACCUCUGAGUUAGUCUUUUCAGAAAUAUCCUACUUUAAUAAAGACUGUAGUAAAUUCAAUAAAAAGGGACAACAGUUUGCAUGAUGACUUGAUAAUACUGAUGUAUGUGUGAUAAAUGCUGUAUAUUCUACACAUUUUAUUCAUUAUGUUGCUUAACUUGCACUUAUAAAGUUUACCAUAAGAGGACACCGUUGUAUAUGUAUUAAUGGCAAUUAUAAAGAUUACCAUAAGAGGACACCGUUGUAUAUGUAUUAAUGGCAAUUAUAAAGAUUACCAUAAGAGGACACCGUUGUAUAUGUAUUAACUGCAUCCAAAUGCUGACACAUAAAAAUAAAAUGAGUUAUAUCAUUA